AGUUGUUUACUAUCUCUGUUAGAGUGCUCCAUGUUUGUAAUUAUUGGAUGCCCUGAAAAAUGUGCCCGGGAAUUUUAAAGAUUUAUGACACAGGAGGACGAUAAUAGUGAUCACUAACAAUGUCACAGACAUCAGUGGAUAAUUUUGUUACAGUUGUGUCGGUUGGAACUAGAGAAAAACCCGAAAGUAAUGAAGACAUCAAUUUUGAUUCCAGUGGUUCAGGAUAUGUAACAGUGUUAACCAUUGGCGAUGAAGAAAAUAAAAAAAAUAUAAAAGAUGUAACAGAGGAAGUGAUAGUGUAUAGGUUACCUGGGGAGAGAUUGGGAUUUGGACUAAAAUUUGAAGGAGGUACUAAAGCUAGUGAAUAUGUGAAACGUCUAUUUAUUCAAUCGUGUGCAGCAGAUAGCCCAGCUUCUAGAGUAAAAAGUUCAUGGGGAAAACUAACAGAGGGGGACGAAGUUUUAGAUAUCGAUUCAGUUCCAGUUAAUACUAUGACAAGAAUAGAUUGUGUGAGAUGCUUGAAAGAUUCAAAUGUGGCCAUAAAGCUAUUAGUGCGGCACACUUAUGACCAAGAAAACAAAAACAAUAUAGAAAACUCACCUUUAAUCAUUAGUGCGGAAGAAAAAAGAGUUCCUCCUCCUCCCCCUCCAGUCCCACCACGAAAAAUAUCGAGAAAACUACAUAAAAAUCUAAACAAUAAUAUUAAUAAAGAACCCACACAAGAAAUUGAAAAUAAUAAUACAAUUCAUAGAAAUACAGAAACUAAUAAACAGAAGAAGUUGCAAUCACCUAGAGGUAGCGUCCGUUCUUAUAACUCGCCAGAUAUUGCAAGAAGGGAUAGACGAUUUUCUGAUGGCAGUCUUGGACCACCAGAUGCUGAAGUUUAUGUUGAUCUUUUUCUUCAAGAAUCAACACAAAGUUUAAGCGAAUCUGAUGAUACAGGUAGUACUAUUUCCACGGUAAUCGAUAGGUUUCCCACAACUACUCCUUCUAGUAUUUCUGGAAGUUUACCAUCCACUCCAACGGCAUUACAAAAACAUCUGGAUAUAUCUAAUAUUAGCGUAUACGAGGAUGAAGAUUUUUCAAUUCUUGGUAAAAGUUUCGGAAAACCAAUCCCACUACCUAGAGAAGAAAACAAUAAUAUUAUACUUGAUGAUAUUAACCCCUUAAGUUUCCAAGAUGCACCUUUGAGCUAUGGUAAUGAAAGUACAAAAAUAAUCGUCCCUGAUGAAAUCGACACUGCUAAAGAAGAACCAAUUAUAUCCGAAGAGAAUAAACUAAUGUCAAAGAAGCCGCCAGUACCACCAAGGUCCAAAGACACGCGCCUUUCUUCGGAGGAAAGUAGAAAACAUUUGGAUGGUCUCCCAAGAUUGGUAGAUAAGCAUAUUUCUUCACAAGAAAGUAAAAAAGAGUUACAGGAACUUCCAAAGUUGAUAGAGACGCGUCUUUCUUCACAAAAAAGUAACAAACAAUUGGACAACCUCCCCAAGCACUUAGAAACGCGUCUUUCUUCAGAAGAUUUUAAAACCAAUUUAGAAGACCUCCCUAAUUUAAUAGAGAGUCGUCUUUCUUCAGAAGAAAGUAAAGAACAAUUGGAUAUUCUUCCCAAGUUCGUAGGAAAACAUCUUUCUUCAGAAGAUAUAGAGAACCUCUCCGGGUUAUCAGACAGUUGUCUUUCUUCAGAAAAAAGUGAAAAACAAUUAGAAAACCUUCCACGGUUAGUAGACUUUCUACCUAAAUCAGUCAACGAUAAUAAAGAGGACAGUCCAACCGAAAUAAUGAAAAUGUUCUUAGAAAAUGAACGUUAUAAAGCAGAUUUCGAAUAUUUUGAUAAAGAAGCUGAUAACGUGGAUACUUAUAAUAAUAGCGUCGAUUUGUAUAGUUCAAAAUGGAGCUUAUCUUCACAAUUAGCAACCAUAGGCGAGGUUGAGGAAGAAGGAAGUUCGGAAUUCAAUUUUACCAGAAAUGUUGGUAAAUCCACUCCAGUUGUGAUUGUGGAAAACACAGAAUCAAACGAAGGAAGUGUACAGGAAGAUAUAGAAACAAUUAAUAAAGAACCAAAUGGAAGUAUGGCAACUCUACCAAGUGACUCCAGGCAGCCACCAGAUGGACAUGAGUUUCCAGAUUUCAUAGAAGAUCACUCUGCAACUUCUAGGCACUACUACAAAGAAGUAGAUAUUAAUAUAAGUGCUUUUGAUGAAGAUUUCACGGAACAAACGAAAAGCAAAGAAUAUCCAGAACAAAAUAACUUGAUUAUAAGUCAGUCUGUUAGUACCUCAAGUACAGAUCUUCGGCCGAAAAUGUACGAAUCUUCUGAGAAUUUGAAAUUCGCCGACUUUUUGCACGAACCUUCACCGUUACAUACAAGAUCGCAAAGUUUAAUAGAUGUGUCGGCUUUAGCCCAGCAAAAGAAUACAAAACUCAAUCAAAUGUUUGAGCAUAGAAAAAAAGGUCUCUCAAAACUUAAGGGACUAGUCAUUCCUGAAGCAGCUGAAAGUGAUUUUUCAUCGAAUGUAAAUAUUCCAGAAAUAAAAAGUCAGACACCUGCAUUGUACCUUCCGGUGCCAAAAUUAACCAACCACUUUAGCAGUACUGAAACCAUUUUAACAAAUGACAGUGAUUUUUCUAGAACUUCAGUUACGUUUCCAACUUGGCAGUCAAAUAUACCAAGUAAUCUUCCUAAAUAUUCACCAGCUUUUAAGAGAAAAAGUCUGCAAAUUUAUAAUACAAGUAUUAGUAAAAGUGAAAAUAGUGCUUACGCGCAUAACGAUGAUUUUCCUAAAUAUUGUGAUAAAGUUAGUCCUAAAGGAAGUAAAGUACAAGAAGACGAUUUAAAUCCUCCCAAAUCAUUGGAAAGUAUUUCUUCACCGACUCGAUCAGACUGCAGUUUUGAUUACGUAAGUUCCUUGAAAAAAUAUGGUAAGACAAACAGUGAUUCUUCGCAAAAAUUGAAUAGUAGAAUUGAAGACGAAAGUGACAACGAUUCAGCCGUAAGUUCCAGCCAGUCUAGUUAUAAUUCUAGAUAUUCUCCACCAUCAUCACCAACGAGAUCCUGUGACAUGAACUCUUAUUCAAAGAAAUUAGAGGAAGAUGAGAAAAGCGCUCAAAAUCGAUUAUUGAAACCUUCUAGUGUCGAAGCUAUAAACCGAAAGAAUAUUUUAGCCUCUGCAAAAUGUAGAAGUGGAAAAGAUUUAAAAAUCGGUUCUCCUGUGAUAAGGAGAAAGCAAGAAAUGCAAACUACUGACAUUGUUAACGAUCAAAACGGAAUAAAAGAGCCUGCACUACCGGAUCCAGUUGUAAUCGCUAAAAAGUCGAGCAUUAUUUUAGACCGAAAUACAAGAAUUACGGAAAAUAGACCACAACCAGAGAAACCUAGUGAAAUAGUGACAACGAAGAAUUUUAAAACGACCUCUAAAGAAAUCCUGCAAAUCAGAAAUAACGAACCCACAACAAAAGCAGUAACAAAAAAUAUAUUUCUAACGAUGAACUCCUCCACUCUCAACCCCGUGCCAAAAAAAAUGCCUGAAGAGCCAAAAGACAAACUUACAGAUUUUUUUUCGACUUCAAAAUCUAGAAAACCAGCACCGAUUAACGUGAGAGCUUUGAAAAAAAGUUUUGAAAGUUUGAGUUCUCCUCCGCCUUUGCCACAAAAAGUUCCUGUUUACAAAUCGACGUUACCUAAACAAAAUAAUAAAAUAGACAAUGCCAUAAGUGAAAAUAUUGCUGCCACUCCGCUUAAGAACGGUGUUAAUAAAAGCCACGUUGGAAAAAUAGAACCCAUUACACCAAUCGAAAAAAUAACAUCCUCGAAUGUUGACAGGCGAACUAUUGUUCUUAAAAUGGAUCCAAAAGGAACUAGUCUAGGAAUUACUCUAUCUGGAGGUAUUGACGAGAACAAAGAUAUAACGAUACAUCGUAUACGAUAUAACAGCAUGGCCUAUCAUGAUGGUCGACUGAAACGAGGAGAUAAAAUAAUUUUUAUUAAUGAUAAAUCGACAAGUGGCUUGACUCAUAUGGAGGCUGUAAACUUACUUAAGGAACCAUUGACUGAGUUUUCCAUUGUGACAGAAGAAGGAGAAAAUACUGUGCCAUCACCUGUUAGUAGCAUCAGCGGUAGUUUACAAAGAAGAUCAUCUUCAAUGUCCUCUAUGCUUUCAGGAACUAAAUCUCCUUCAUUGGAAGAAAAGAAAGCUAAUACAAUCAUAGCAAUAAAUAAAGACGGAGCUGGACUUGGAUUCAGUAUUGAAGGAGGUAAAGACUCGCCACUAGGAGAUGUGCCAUUACGAGUUAAAAAAAUAUUUACAGGAGGCGCAGCAGACAAAUCUGGAAAUUUGGAAGUCGGCGACGAAAUAUUGAAAGUGAAUGACAUCAAUUUCACAAAUUUAACCAGAAUCGAAGCUUGGAAUUUAAUGAAGAAAAUUCCAGAAGGCAAAGUUGAAAUACAUAUAUUAAGAAAUUCUCAUUCGAAUUGAGUUACUUGUGUGAUUGCACUAGCCUUAGGUACAAAAAUAGAAGUCAGUGAAAACAGAAUCGAUUCUAGUGAGCUCAAAGUAUGUAGCAAUACAAAUUUUUAUUUUGUUCCGCUGUUGCUUUUUCUAAAUGACAGCAAUUUUGGUUUGAUACAAAGUACCAAAAUCCUAGUGCUUCAAAUUAAUAACAACUUUAACAUUACGGAAAUAAAAUUAAAUCUUGCCAAAACAAUUGAGUAUUUGUACUUAUUUAAAAUAAAUUUAUCACCCACAUUUUUAUGCAUUACUUUCCGUUAUAAUUUUAUAUAUAUUUUAUAUAAAUGC